CAAAAACAAUGCAUAAAUAAAACAGAAACGCGUAAUUGAGAGAGAGAGAGAGAGAGAGAGAGAGGGAGAAAGCUCUCUUUUUUAUUCGGUCGGCCACCAAACAGGCGAUCUCAAUUCCAUCUCCUUCGGUCUUCGUCUUCUUCGAGGUGCUUCUUGAUCAGGGGGCUCGUUAGAGAUGAAUGGUCAGCACUUGAUUCUGGAUGUGGACCGCCUGGUGAAGCCAGCGGUGGAGGAGGAGGCCGAGGGUGGUCAGCCGGAGGUGGCCGGACCAUCGUCCUCCGCCGGGGCGAAGCACGAGAAGGCGGUGCCGGUGGAGGAAGAGGGAGAUGAAGAGGAGCCGCUCAUAAAGGUGGCUGAAUGCCGCAUUUGCCAGGAGGAGGAUUCAAUCGAGAAUUUGGAGACCCCUUGUGCUUGCAGUGGUAGUCUCAAGUAUGCUCACAGAAAGUGUGUUCAACACUGGUGCAAUGAGAAGGGAGACAUAACUUGUGAGAUAUGCCACAAGCCUUAUCAACAUGGUUAUACAGCCCCCCCUCGUCCACCUCCACCUGCAGAAACUGCUAUUGACAUUGGUGGUGGAUGGACAAUACAUGGCACGCCUCUGGAUUUGAAUGAUCCGCGACUUUUGGCAAUAGCUGAUGCGGAGCGUCACUUCUUGGAGGCCGAGUAUGAUGACUAUGCUGUUAACAACGCCAGUGGGUCCGCAUUCUGCCGCUCAAUUACCCUAAUUAUAAUUGCUCUUCUUCUCUUGAGACAUGCAAUUGGCAUGAUAGACCCUGAUGGAGACGAAGAUGAAGAUGCAUCUGGCUUCUUUUAUCUUUUCCUACUGCGGGCUGCUGGAUUUCUUUUGCCAUGCUACAUCAUGGCCUGGGCUUUCAGUAUCUUGCACCGUCUAAGACAAAGACAGGAGGCAGCAGCAAUGGCAGCAACGCAAGUCGCAUUUGUGCUACACUCGGGACAGGCCAACGGACUACAUUUCACCAUAGCAUCAGCCCCCACUACUGUGACUGGCCCCGAGGAAGCUGUUUGAUAUAUGGAGAAUCCACGAGACUCACUCACAGAUGUUGCCCUUUUUUUUUUAUCAAAUCUCCCUCAAUUCGUUUUUUUGUAAAUCAUGUUUAUAUUUACAUAUGUGUGUGUGUGUGUGUGUGUGCAUACAAAUGUUGCUUCUCAAGCAUGAAAUGGUAGCCGAAUCUCUGCUUGACAAUGAGGAUAUUUUGUGUGGCUGAAGUGAGAUCUGCUCUCUCUACUGGGGCUUGCUUAUUUUUAUAUGAAUGUCACGAAAGAAUACCUUAAGAACC